AUGGCACCAUUCAAGGUCAUCAUUGUAGGGUCAGGCCUCGCGGGCAACUUGCUCGCGAACGGUCUGCUCAACCACGACAUUGAAGUCGAGGUCUAUGAACGUUUGGCUCGAGAUGCGAAGAGAGAAGGAUAUCAGAUUCGUCUCGGCGAGAAUGCGCUGAAGGGGUUCCGUGCCUGCUUGACUACAGAACGCAAACAGGCCAUCAUUUCCAAGUUCGGCCGCAGUAGUGGAAAGUUCGCAGGAGCUCCCAUCAUCUACGAUGCCAGCUUCAAACCUCUACUCGAUCUCAACCGGUUUCCCAACUACGAAAAGUCCGCGGCUAUCAGUCGCAAAAUUCUGCGCGAUUUACUUGCCGAACCUCUGGAUGAUAUAGGCAAGAUAUUUUACGACAAAGACUUCAAGAACUAUUCUAUCAUUGACCCGGGAUCUGAUGACGAAAAAGUCAGGGUCCGUUUUGAGGACGGUACUUUCAGUGACUGUGAUGUCCUCAUUGCCGCAGACGGAGCGAACUCCAAGAUCAAUCCACAGGUUGGGCUGAAUAAUCUGAUACUGAUAGAUUCACACUGGGGCUUCCUGUCCAAGACUGAUCUCCCCACGCAUCGAUACAUGAAAGGAGACAAAGAACUUUGGAGUGCACCGCUGGGAUGCUCGGCGGCUCAGCGGAGCAUGUAUUACUGCGCCUAUCUACCUGACAAAGACAUAUCGAGAACUGCUGCUUCCACGGCAAAAGAUGGAAAAGGUGCUGUGCAACAUGACGAGUCAAUCUCCUCGUGUUUCUUUGCCUAUGGCAUUCCUGUGGCGGAUGUACCGAAAGACAUCAAGGAGUGGCCACUGGACAAGCAAUGGAAUUUCGUUGAAAAGGAUAUGGGAGAACAUUGGUGUGAAAAAUAUCAAGAGAUCGUUAAGAUUCUGAAGGGUUCAGACUUGUACAUUUCCCAAGCUCGAGCGAGCUUUAGACCUCACGGAAACGUGAAGUGGCGCGAGAGAGUUCGCACAGAGUUGACGCCUGAAAAGGGCCAUCCGAGGGUGAUGUUGGUGGGCGAUGCUAUUCACGCAAUGAUGGCAUCUCGUGGUAUGGGUGGGAAUCAAUCAAUGCGGGAUACCGCGGUCCUCCUCCCACUUCUGGUAGGACUCAAUGACAAAGCGAUGAAGGGGGGAUUAACAACGCCUGCCAUUGAAGCUGCGUGCAAGUCAUACGAGGCGGAAAUGAUCCCACGGGCAUUCUCAUGGGUAGAGAAGAGUGGUGGAGCAAAUGUAUUCUCGGAUGAUUCGUCAACAUGGAUGGGCUGGCUCAAGGUCCAGUGGAUCGGCUUAUUACUGGGAGUGGCCUAUAAUGUACAGAGGUUGGGCAGCUUGUUCUACCAACCUACCUAUUCCGACGAUGCACCUGAAUUCCAGGGCUAG